AUUACACGUGAGGCAGACGUUCUCUGACUGCGACUGCUUGGCGAAGUUUACUACGUUAUUGAAUGCAUUUUUUAAGCUCUUGCAUUGGGCUUUCCAGACUUUUGGCGAUGACUCGCAGUCGCUUUGUAUUUUUGGCUGUUAUUGUGUGUUUGACAAGAGUUUUUGCUUUUAAUUUGGAUGUAAAAGAUCCGUUCAUCUAUAAGGGCACGUCCGGGGAAUAUUUUGGAUAUACUGUUGUGCUACACAGGCAGAGAGCUGUAGGAAAUUGGGUAAUUGUGGGUGCACCAUUUGGCAACAAAACGUCAGGAGACACUGAAAGAACUGGUUAUGGAAGUGUGUAUAAAUGCAGUUCAAAUUCGCAGUCAAAUCCAUGUCAAGUUAUAACGAUUGACAACAGCAAUCCUUUGAUAACUUAUUGGAGAGAUGAAAAUGGCGUCACCCUUACGGCGAAUUUAGAAGAGAAAAACGGCCAGAUGCUUGGAGCAACUUUGGACAGCAUACCUACCCAAGACAACGGCGCAUUGUUGGCCUGUGCACCAAAGUACACUUUCCGUGGAGAGGUUGCGCGCAUUCCUGACGCUAGACCUGAAGAUAGACGAAAGUUACUGUUGGGAAAAUGUUUUCUAGUCAGAAAUGACUUGUCUGGUAGAACGUCGGACGGUAUUCGGCCAUGCUAUCGCGGCGACAAUGGUUAUAGCGAUCAGUACAACGCAAAUAAGGAAGGGGCGUGUGAGGCUGGAUUUAGUGCUGCUCUGUCACAGGAUGGGUUAACUGUGCUUAUGGGUGCUCCCGGGAGAUACUUAUUGAAUGGAUCAAUCUCAGUGUUCUAUUCUGAUACUCAAGAUUCUGCAAGAACCUUUUCAGCUCUGUAUCCUGAUCUUAGCAGUGGUAGCGCUUUGGGUUACGCCGUUGGAAUUGGAAAUUUCAAAUCUCAAAAUAAGAGAAGAGAAGAGUUUCUGGCGAGUUCGACGCGAGCUAAUAAUCUCCUGGGAAAGGUUGUAGCAUUUGAUGUGAACACGGACAACUUUGAUACGUCCGUCAGCUUUACUCUUCCUUUGCCCGCAACUGCUCAGUUGGGAAGCAAUUUUGGUCAAUCCCUUUGUGUUGUGGACUUAAACAAUGACGGUUUUUCCGACUUGUUGGUAGGUGCUCCUUAUUACAGGCACAGUGAAUACGGAGAUGAAGGAAGAGUUUAUACUUACAUGAAUAGCGGAAAGACCCCUGGGACUCUUAAUCAUAAGGAAUCCAUGACACUGGAUGGGAGAAAAACGAUGAGAUCUCUUUUUGGGUACGCGAUGGCUGUCGCAGGAGACUUAAACAGGGAUGGAUUUACAGAUGUUGCAAUAAGUGCACCGUAUGGCGGUAAAGAUCGAGGAGGUGUUGUAUUUAUCUACUUCGGCACGAAAGAUGGCAUUGAAAGUUCGUUUAGACAGGCAAUUGAGGCAUCCGACAUUUCUGUUGGAGUGAAGACGUUUGGAUUUUCUCUGGCGGGUAAUGUUGAUGUGGAUAACAAUGGCUAUCCAGAUCUCGCUGUCGGUGCUUAUUCUUCUGACAGAGCUUUCCUUCUAAGAUCACGACCAAUUGUAGAGAUGGAAGGUGAACUUAAACUGAGUGUGACUCAAAUUUCACUGGAAGACAAUAAAACUGUGCAGCUAGCAGCAGACGGCGUGUCACGAAAAAGUAUCAAUGUGACUGUUUGCUUGAAAUACAAGAAUCAAAUGCCGUCCCUUGGUCAGCCAAACGUCUCAUUCUCAGUCGAACUUGACAAAGAUCGCUUCACAGACGGUUUCGAUCUUCGCCGGAUGUUCUUCUUCCAAGAAGGCAAAACUACAUUCUCUAUCACACGGCACGUAGUAUUAACGAAGCAGAAUGAAUGGCAUUGCCAGUUAGUUGACACAGCAUACCUCAGGGAAAAGGACCAACUCCAGGACGUGUUUGAUCCUUUAACAUUUGAUCUGACCUACGAUCUUUCUCAGUCACCGUCCUGUACACUUUGUCCGAUUUUGAACGACCACAAUGACAUUGCUCAGCGGUCUUUUAGAGCCACAGUAGGCUUUGUCAAGCAAUGUGGAAACGACAAAAUCUGUCAACCAGACUUAGCUAUCAAAGGAUCACUGAUAUACGGCGACGGGAAGCAAAACGAGCUUCUGAUUGGGGAUGUCAAAACACUUACUGUCCGGGUAGAGGUAGAGAACAAAGCACAGGACGCAGCCUACCCUGGAAAGGUCAUGGUGACAUAUCCAUCCCUCAUCGACUACGCUUACAGUGAGGAUGUAUCCUGCUCAACAAAGUUGUUGGAGGACGGCAGUAGGCAAGCAGAGUGCGCCAUUGGAAAUCCUUUCAGGGGAAAUACUAAGAAACAGUUCGAUGUCAUAUUCAACGCCCAAAGAAUCACGGGAAACAUAACUCAGUUUAGUAUUCAUCUUGAGGCUACAAGUGGUCUCAGUGAAGACGUGGACAAAUCUAAUAACAAGGAAAGUCUCCAAGUUCUUGUCAAAUUUGAAGCAGAUCUUAGUAUUGUUGGAUUUUCUAAUCCAGAUCAAGUGGUCUACAAGGAUAAAGUUUCUGAGGUCAAGAACGCUUUUGAUAUUGGACCUUCAGUAAAGCAGACCAUAACAGUAAGGAACAACGGCCCCAGUCCUAUCGAAUAUGCAGAGGUUACAAUUGAGGUUCCAUUUAAGUAUAACAAGGAGGAAGGUCCAAACUACUUGCUGUAUUUGAUGGGAGUAGACGUUCUCGGAAAUGCAGGAAGUUGUAAUGUGAAGAGCAACCCUUUAAAUCUUCAGCUGAAUACCAACAACAGUCAACGUGAACAAGAGUCCAGUUCUUCAAAAGUAAGAAGGCGGAGAGAAAUAGAACAGACAAACGAAGAACUGCCAUGCAAAUCUGAUAACGCCAUGACGUGCCUAAGGGUUCCUUGCGUCUUGGGAAGAAUGAAGAAAGGGGAUGAUGUGAAGAUACAGAUAAGGUCCCGGCUCUGGCAGAAUACUCUCAUUAAGACGAACGCUGGCUCGAUGAACCUUACAACGACGGCUCAAGUGACUCCUCCAACUGGUGUUAAAGAACCAAAAACUACAGAUAACAUUGUUAAGAUUCGACUGACUGCCAAUCCAAAGACUACGCCAAAAAGCGGCGGAGGAAAGGUGGCGGCCUGGAUCAUUAUCGUGUCUAUUUUAGGAGGACUUCUACUUUUCUGUCUGGUAGGAUUCGCCCUUUACAAGUUCGGCUUCUUUAAACGAAAACGCUUUAACAAGGAUGAAGUAGCCGAGGAGGAAUUGACGCCCAUGAGGACACUGGAACCAAGCUCAGAUAGCAACGGCAAAUCUGGCCCAGUCCGUGUUUAAGUCUAAGCCGAGCUUUAGACAGCAGAAAUGGCUGCCUAGAUAACCGUCUUUUGAUUGGAUUUACAACAAGCAGAAAGAACGUACUAGCCUUACAUCAACUUUAAUCUGUGACGUUUAGAAAAAAAUAGUUCGAAAAUAUUUAAUUACAAGAUGUAAAGUUUUAAAUUGAGAUGAGCGGAUUUACCACAUCGCCCAAACAUGCAAGCUCAGUCUUUGGUCAUAAGUGUUUCGGCGCGCCCACGAUCCUCUCCAGACCACCGUUAUUUCAAAAGUUAGGCAUGUGCAAUUGGAUCAAUUAAAGCCAGCAGUGCCCUAAUUUUUAGGGCUGAAUUUUCUAUUAGAAACUGACGAAAUUACCGAAACUUGAGUAUUACCAAAACGGAUGUACGUUUAAAAACACAAAUUAAUACUGUGGGUUUCCGGCGUGUUUUGCUUUUUCUUUUUCGAUAUCAGUCACAAUUGGAUACCUCUUGGUAUCUUGGAUUUCAACUUUUGCACCAGCGCAGACGUUUGGCCGCUGUGAUACCGGGGUGUGGACAGGAAUGCAGGUGCACCUGAACAACCAAAGCUGAAAAUCAAGUCAACAAAACAUUCCGUGAUCGCUAGUUUACUAAAUGCUGAUAAUAUCAACUUAAAGUAUUUUUCUUAAGACCUCAGUUUCAUACUGUUGAAUAACUAAUAAUAAUUUUGAAAUUUCAAGUUAGGUCGUCAUGUUCUUACGAGGAAAAAUGACUCCAUUUUCAAUUUGCAAUUAGAGUUUCAAUGAAGCCCAUAUGUCUAUUUUUGAAUACUUUGGGAAAAAGAAAAGUCUUCAAUAGACUCAAAGUAUUCGAUGUAAAGCAUAAUAAUAGUUUUCUUGAAAUAGACUGUACAUAGUUAGAAAUGGGAAUAAAUUAUUGCUUCACUGAA